GCGUAAAUAUCCUCAUUUAGGCUACAAGCUUCAGACAAUUAAACCAUAUCGAUUAGUGUAGUGCAUGAGACGGAAUCGAACAGACCGACUAAUUUGACCGAUGCAUCUCAUUACAGACAGGCUGAUCCGGUCGUCGCUGAAUUAUUUAGGACAGAACGGUACUGAUGCACCGUGAAUUAAAGCGAGCAGUGCGCGAGACAGUCGAUUGAUCGUGGGAGUAAACCUUACAUGAUCGAGAAAAAAAAUGGAUAUGCCUUCAGAUCAAAAGACUCCGUGCAUAUAAUAUGAGAAUACAUCCGUUCAUAGUUCCAGUCUGCUUUGAGAAAUGCCAGUGAUGGGAACGGUUUUACAGGAGAGCACUCUGCAUAACAGUCAGAAUAAGCUUCGUUCGUCUGAUAGAACAAAAACUAAAGCUUUGGGACAUGCACCAAGCAAGAAAACCACAAAAGCACCUUUGCAUCCACCAACGAAUAAUGGCAUCAGCCAGUCAUCUGAACCUGAGUCUCAGCAAAGGUUAAGAAGGACGAGACUGGACAAAAUGUUGAUCAUAGCGAACCCCACAGACAGGCAACACAGCACUAAGAUCAAAUAUCAUGGCACUUCCAAAAAUGGACAGAAGGAGAGACAACAAAGACAAAACAGCCAUGGUGCAAAAGAGAGUGGUGGCAGGGGUAAAAGUUCAAGUGUAACCCCUCAUUCUGUACAAGUUCAGAGAGAAGACUUGUCAGAGUGCAGAAGCGAAGACGAGGGCUGUACACUACAAAGUAAAGAUGGAGAAGAGGACAGUGCCAGUGACCUCUCAGACUCUGAAAGAUACUCUGCGCUUCCCACUCAAAUCUCUCCUCCUGACCUCAACCUACGUGCAGAGGUCAUAGAUCCGUCUGACUUUCAUCCCUCGAGACCUUCUUGUCGAGUGCACAACAAGUUCAGAGGCAGCUAUCCAGAUUUCUUACCACCUCCUUUCAAUUCUUGGAGUCUCCAGCAGUUAGCUGUGUACUUGAACACAGAAGGCAAGGGCAUUCCUCGUCCCAAGCCCGUUGGGCAGCUUGAGAGAUACUUGGACCGGCUUUUGCAAUUGGAAUGGCAUCAGAUCCAAACGGUCCAAGAAGACAGCAGCAAAUCCAACGCCCCAUUACCUAAAGGUCGCCACUUGCCUCAUUCAUCUUCUCAUCUCAGCCUCAGCUCUCCUAAAUGCAUCCUCCAGUGCCAGCGAGCGUUCCCUUUGGCGUUACUGUCCUCCUUGGCCAGUGCUCCUACCCUUCAGCUGUCAAGCUGUACCUGCCCACACUGCCAGAAUCAAUAUCCCAUCUUGAAUGGCCCAUGCCGCUCUUAUGCCUACCACCACCACACACGGCUGAGUCCACUCCUGGAGAAGAAGGGCCAGGCCUCAGGUUUGCCUAAAAGGAGCAGCAGUGAGAGCAGGGCUCAUCAGCCGGAUCCCAGACACCGAUCUCGUGAGCACAGACUCAGCGACCCUUUGAGCGAGAGUAGCCACUUGAGGCGCAUGCAGGCCAUCGGUAACAUUCGCAAUCCGGUUGGUUCCACAUACAGUGUUGACCAAGUUUCUUCUACAGCUACAACAGCCAGCAAUGCCAGUAUUGGGGAUGUAAAAAGAGAAAGCCAGGGCAAAGGAGUCAUUCCUGUGUGGGUACGAGGGAGGUUGGCUAUAGGGCACGAGGACGCAGUGAACAAAGGAAGACCUUUGAUAAAAAUCAACAGGACUCGAAAUUAUCUUGUGCUGAUGGGUUACAUAGCUCAAAAGACUCAUCGACUAGUCGAGUGAACAGGAGGCGAAAGCAUGUCGAAUUUGUCACAAAGUAACUUCAACACAGUAGCCUGAAAAUCAUUUAAAAUGUAUGAAUUUCAUAGCAUUAGAUAAAGAAAUAUCAAACCAAGUGGCAUAUUUUCUGAGAAAUUUAUCGCAGUAACAUUUAGACAAUUGAUCCCAACAUUAUUUUAGUGAAUGUAUGAAUUCAGUUCAUCGCAUUAAUUAUGAACGUUGUGUUACACUAACAUUUUGCAAACAGAAUGUUUCACAAGUGCUUCAUAAAACUUCAGGCUCUUCUCGGUACGCUUUCAAAUCGCUUUCAAAUCAUGUUUUCAUAACCGCUGGCCAAAUUCAAAAACUAAACUAAAAUUAAAACAUCUUUGAGAGCAAGGGGGCCCCCUGGUGUUUCGGGGGCCUUACCCAGCUUGCGUAUCCUGCGUAUAGGGAGGGUCGUCUCUGAACCUAACAAACUAUUGAUUUUAAUAUGCUUUACUUUAAAAUACUGUAAAUGCAACUUGGUGUAUUUUUUUUUCAUCUAAUGUGGUGACAUUCUGUUCAGUGUGGUUUAAGUGUCCAAAUAGUUUUAGGAUGAUUAUAUGUACAUAUUCUUCUUCAAUUUGGUAAUUCUUACCAUACAAAAUAAUGUUUUCCUGUUUACGCCUGCAUUAUUUUAAGUUGUUGUUUAGUAUAGACUUUAUGCAUGCUAUCCCCCAUGUUUAUUUUUACUGAAAUCUUAUUUUUAGUAAUUGUUUAAACAACUUUUAUUAAUUCAUUGUUUGAAAUAGCAAUAUAUCAAGCAUCUUCUAUCAACAGGUCUGACUGCAAUUUUAUAAAUUCAGGUCCCUUUAGGACCUUUGCUUACACAGAUGUUUCAGGUACAGUGAUGUAUUUAAUAGUAAACUGAUGUUUCACUGUUAGCAGCACUGGUUAACCACUCACACUAGAGUUUACAGUUACACAUGAUAAGCUCGAGCUGAAACUUCAUGUGUCUGUACACCAUUACCCUCAACCUGACUGUCCCAAAGAGCACAAGCAACCGUCUUACAUCGUAUAACAUAUUAUUUUUCUCAUUCUAUGCCUGAUUCAUAAGGUCAAUGUGAAGACCAUAAAUAAAAUAUGUUUUUAAAGCUCUUUACAAUCCUCUUGACAAGGGAAGAAUUACUAGGACAUGUUUAUAAUAUCCACAUCCAAAGUAAUUCCAGAUGUUUGAAGGGCAGAUUCAAUUCUUACCAACACUAGCUGCUGUCAGAGUCUGUUGAAUAAAAUGCCUGUAAGUUAUUUUUUAUGUAUUAAUCAUAGAAAUUACAUUUAGACAAGAGUCAAUUUAUUCCUUUUCAUUUAAUCUCAGAGUAUUUAGAAUUAUUUUACUGGUUAAAUUUUAAAGACAUAAACACAUUGUGUAAUACAAUAAAUAUGUUUUUUUUAAUGUAGAUAGUUAUCACAGAUAAACAGUGUUUUUGUCAAAUAAUUGCUGUGACAACAUGCCCCACUAUAGUUACAAUGCUAAAUGUUGUAUUUUAGGGUAAUUAAGCUAUCAAAAUAUGGUGUAAAGCUGUCCCUUCUUUUGAGUCCCAAACUUUUCAGUCAUGGGAAAUAUAUCAAGUAGACAAAAAAUGCAUCAUUUUAUUUAUAAAAUAAUAUAAAGUAAUAUAUUUAUAAAAAUGAAAUGAAAUAGUUUGAUGACAUUUAAGGAUAUUUGGCUUUGGGGAAAAUGUCUAAUGCCAUGUAAAGAAAAUUCCAGGUCUAUUCAGAGAAAUUGGUGCUGAUGGACUGGCCAUCUGUUCUGGUCCCAGACUCUGGGAUUUAUUGUUAUAAUUUAAAAAUUGUAGUCUCAUCAGAGACAGAGAAGUAUUAUUACAUUUAUUUUUUUUUGGGGGUCACUGGUGUCAUCGUCAGUGAUGUUAAAAUUGUCGAAAUGCACAACAAACAAUGCCAUUCACACAGAACGCGCUGUUGUGUUUAAAACCGUGAGACGCAAGACAAUUUAAUAAUAAUAUUAAAAAAAUCUCGAGAUGCACUACCUAAAAGUCUAGUCAGAAUUGAGUUGUGCUUUUUAGAACGCUGUUUUAUUCGCGAUCGAGACGCUGCAAAAGAUCAAACA